AUGCUGAAGCACAUGCCGCCAGGUGCGGGACAAUCGCGAACUGCGCGUGGUAACAUCACCAGCAGUCGCCCACCGCAGCCCCUCAAUGUGAGCGCCCUGUCCACUACGGGGCCGCCGAAGCUCCUCGCCAACGGCGGGCCGCCGCCACGGAUGUCCUCCAUGAUCAACACAACUCCGCUCACGUCCGUCUCCUCCACGAACAACCUCCUCACGAACAACCGCGACCGCAUCGGCGCCAGAGAAGCGCUCACGAGUCUGGGAUUACUCUGCUUAGUUUCGCUGCUGCUUGCCCUACUCUCGCUGAUUUUCCUGCUGAAAAUCUCACCGGGAGGACGCGAUCCACUACCGCCACCCGGGCCCACAGCCCCAGAGGACUACGCCAUUGUCUACGACGUCACCCUAGCCCUGUGCGCCCUCUCGCUCUCCCUCAACCUCUGCUGUCUCCUCGUCUGUGCCAUCCAGUUUCUCUUCGCCGUCAAACUGGUGCGAGCUCCAGCCACAGUCUCGGGACGUGGCAACAAAUACCUUCAGAAAUCCAGUGUCAGCAGAGUUUGUGCUGUUGGGGGAUUUUUCAUAUCAAUUCCCAUAUUUUUAACAGGUAUCAUUUUAUACACAUUCACGCAAUUCCACUCGACUCCCGCGAUCGUCACGAGCAUACUCAUUGGCGUGGGCAUCGUGUUCUGCGGCGGAGCCAUGGUUCACAACGUAUUCGUGUGGCAGAAGGAGAAGACGAUCUGCGUAAGGCAGCAGGCACCCCUGAAUCUCAAUCUCACCCUCUCUCCGCCCAUCAGUGCAAUCACGCCGCCCAUGCAGUUUCUCAAUCACACCGGCGGCAGUCACCAGACGCCCGUGAGCAAUGGCAAUCACAUCCACCUCAAUCACAGCAAUCACACGCCGCUCACGCACACGUCGCAACUCAGCCAAGUGACUCCACUCACGCCCGUCACGCUCAAUCAGUCCCACCUGUCCAGCUUCAACCACUCCUUCUUGCCGUCCUACGGACUCAGGGCGGCCACAGCAACACCGCCCACGCCCAAAGUGAGCGCCACGGCGGCCCUGCUCGGCGGUCGAGAUGCCAGCGGCUCCGUGAGUCCUGGCAUGCCCACCGGAAACCUCGACCUCAGCACCGUUACAUCAGCAAAUUCGCCCCACGAACUCUCAACCCUCGUCUGAGAAUCAAAUUCCUCAGCCAUCCAGUGAGUGGUGAUGAGAAAGAGGACACAAAUCAGUGAGCAUUCUUUAUUAUCGCGCGCCUCUUCAGUUGUGUACAAAACAGUGUGUAUAAAAAUGUGUUUUUUAUGUAAAAAUUCUUUAAAGAGAAACGAACAGAAAUUGCCGAGUUGAUCUAAACUCACUUUUAACGUAGACACAGGAAGACACUGAAUAUUACUUUCACUGUACUCUAGGUAAUUUAUUAUUAUUUGAUAUUAGUGUAAUCAAUUGUAUUCAUCUUUUCGAUAGAAAAA